AUGGCGUCCAAAGCAGUCACAAAAGCUGCCGGAGGCGUGAUGAGCAUCAGCCAGGUAAUUAACAUCCAGCUCCCCGUCCAAUCCGGUUCGCCAGAGAGCCCACUCAUCAAAACAAAGCAUACUGACGUCUUUGGUCUCCCCAAACAGAAGCACACCCUCCAAUCGACAGGAAUCUGGGAGCGCAUCCGCCGCGCCUUCGCCGUCGACCCCAACCGCAGCUCCGGCGUGCCUCUGAACCCCUUCUUCCGCACCCCGAACCCGGGCAGCAACCCUCCCCUCGGCUACGACGACCCGGUCACGGUCCCCGCGGGCGACAUCGCAGACAACCCGUACUGGAAGCGGGACUCGCGGCGCGCGUACCCCAAGCUGUCCUUCGUGAGCCAGGCCGACGCCGUCGCUCUGCUGGGCGUCGGCAGCGCCGCCACCCCCAAGCAGGAGCUCGUCGGCGAGGCCGGACAGAACGCCCUUGUGGCCGCCAAGAGCGAGGGCACCGAGGGUGGUCUAGCGCGCUACUUUGAGGCCAAGGGGCCCGCGGUCGCACAGGAGCUGCUGGUCAACGGUCUGCCGCCGUUGCCCAGCGGUCAGGCCCUGAAGCCUGAUGGAAGCGGCCAGUGGGAGGCGGCCCCGUACGAGUUGAAGGAGGAACAGUCAUAUUCCGAUGCGUACCCCUGCCGAGUGUUCAAAUAG